CAGCAGAGCAGGUUAGGCAGGUGGAGGAGGAGGAAGCGGCUGCUGCUCCCACGUCCAAUGCGAACACCCGAGUCGGGCGGGCUGAGGGAAAGAAGUUCGCUUCUUUCGCCAAGUUUCGCUUUCCCCCUCUCCCCGCCGCCCUUGCGCGCCUUGUUCGCGUGAGAAAGAGAGAGGCGCGAGGGCUCGCCCGCUCCCCUCCAUGGCUGCGGCAGAGGAGGGGCCAGGCGCCGGGGCGCCGCCGCGAGGGGCGGUAGCGGACCAGCCGCCGCCGCCGCCGCAUCAGCAGCGCGAGGGGGGCGCGGAUGGCCGUUGGGGGCAACGGCAGCAGCUGCAGCCGCCGCUUCAGGAACCGGACGGGAAAGCGGGCGCUCCCCUGGCUGCUGAGGUGAAGCGGCGGCGCCCGGACGAGGAGGAAGGGGAGGGGGCCGCGCUUCUGCCGCCGCCGCCGCCGCUCUUGAGCGAAGCGGAGGAAGAGGACACCGACGACCCGCCUGCCUCCGCGGGGCUCUCCUCCCUAGGCUUCUCUCCCCUGCGCUGGUGGCGGCGGCAGAAGCUGCGGCUCUUCCUCUCACCUCCGCCGUCCCCGCUGGGGACCCAGCGCAGCUGCCCGUGCGCCGCCGCCCGCUCCUUCGCGCACUGUUGUCAUGGAGGAGCCAAGAUGGCGGCCCUGGCCUACACCUUGGGCAAGCGCGAGAUCAACCACUACUUCAGCGUGAGGAGCGCCAAGGCGCUGGCGCUGGGCGCCGUCCUGCUGCUCGCCGCCUGCCACGCCGCCUCGCGCCGGUACCGAGGUGAGGAAGGGGCGGCGGGGAGGAGGAGGAGGAGGGCGUGUGUGGAGGGGCGAGAUGAGAUAGGGAGCGGAGAAGUUGGCCGUGGUUUUGGGGGCCCCUCUCUUCCUCCUCCUCCACCGCCACAGUUCAGGGGGGAGCCGCCUCCUUGGAAGGGGCUUCCUUUGCCAUCGGGCGAAAGCCGCCACUUCAGGUGUCUCUGGGAGGCAGGUGCGCCUCUCCCUCCUCCCCCCAUUUCCUCCAAGCCGUUGCAAAGCAAGCGCUUAGCUGGGUGAGGAAGGGUGACUGACACCUGCCAAACUUCGCCCCGGCGUGAGCAUCCUUUCUCCGCACGCCGCCACGCCACAUCCGCCUGCCUCGGCAGCUCCAGCUUGCGUUUGCAAACAGACAAGAAAACCGCAGCAAGCGCCUUAAGGGCAGAGGAGAAGCCGGUCCGUGCGGAUUUCUGCAGGAAGCAGCUGUCCAAAUUAAACAAUCCAGGCUUGUUUGACUUUGGGCGCAACAUUUUUUACUUUGUUUAUUAAAUGUGUGUGCAGCCCUUCAUCCGAAGAUCACAAGGUGGUCCACGACAUAAAAAUGCAAAAUGAAGACAGAAAAUGCCCUUCUAACCAGGGACAGGCCAUUGGUCCGGCUGGCCAGGUGUUGCAAACUCUGACUGGCAGUAGCUCUCUAAGGUCUCAAGCAGAUGCCCCUUUUCCCAACACCUACUCUCUGCUCCUGGAGAUACCAGGACUUGAGACUGGAGCUUUCUGCCAGGCAAAACAUGUGCUCUCUCACUGAGCUGCGAUCCCUCCCUUCAGAAGGGCUGGCUGCAUUUUUCUUUUCUUUUCUUAAAAGAAAUUAUUACCCACACAGGAAGUUGUAGCGGUUUCGGGGUUGCUGUUUAACUAAAUUCUUAGCCUGAGGUCUGUGCUAGCUAAUUAGGAGUGUGCAGUAUAAACAAAGAAAAUGUGUGGGAGUGAGGAGUGUAAAUCAUGCAAACUGGCAGCUUUGCAAGAAGCUGCUGACAUGCAAGGUAGGAGAAGGUGGUGUGCUUGAGAUACGUUGAAAGAGUGUGGCUUCGAGAUCCUAAAUUAAAAGAUUAAGACCUCUCCCUGCUAUGACUCCCUUCUUUUUUGUUCUGCCCUCAUUUGACACUGUAAAUAGAAAUGUAUAUGCUUGCUUUCAAGAACAGCAGUGGUGACAGAGGAGAACACCAGACAAAGCAGGGCUCCCUACAGAAGUGUUUGGGGAAGCAAUGCUUCCCAUAUCUACUCCAGCAUCUGAAUUGAGUCUCCAAUACACCUUUAUUUUGUUUGCUACAAAGGAGAAAUGUUACUUGAGUAGUGACUUGACCAAGGCCACCCAGUGAGCUUCUUACAUUUGAGUGGGCUAUUUGAAUCUGGGUUACUAACAUCCAGAAACUAAACUCAAGCUGAAAUCCUACCUACUGCCCUAAAAAGCUUUCAGAUGUUUUUGUUCAGAGUGACUGGAAGUAAGAGUAUUUUGAAUUCCUCAAGCCUUUUGCGUGAGUGGGUGGUCAUCACUUCACUCAAUAUAUGGUGCCAUGUGGCUUGUGGGGAUUGGUGCAUCUAUGUUUAUAUUAUUAUUCAGUUAAUUUAGAUACCAUUUUUUGGCCCAAAGGUCUCCUCAAACAGUAAACAUCGUACUAAAAUAAAAUCUACAGUAGAGUAAAAUGGCAUAAAUCAAUAAGACAGCAAAAUCUUAACACAUAAGAGCCAAAGAAAAGCCUUCCAAGCUGGAGGAUUAAAAGAGUGUUCUUACAAUACCCAAACAUUGAAAUAAAUUUCCAUAUAGAAGCACUUGUGGCUGUGUAAUUUUAAAUAAUUCUUCCUUAUAUGGGGUCCUUGUAGCUUCCCACAAGUUGUUUUGCUCUUCAGCACGAAAUCGAGUACUCGAUACUGGGAAUUCUCCCAGAGCCUGUGAGAGGGAAAUACUACUCUCUAGGAUUGCUGAAGAUCAUUGAUGUGGGUGUUAUAGAUGACAACAAGUGAAAUUUCCACUUGUAAGUCUCACCUGUACAGCAUUAUUUCUGGGUACCAGCUUGGCCUUGUGGGUCUGAUUUUUAUUUUAUCAGUUACCUUUAACACCAGAAACUACAUUUUCUGAAAAUAAAAAUUAAUUUCUUGGUAAUCUAAAAAAUCUAUUUAGCCUCACAUUUUUUUCCUUGUGAGACAAUUAAUUAACUUUCGAUUUAAGAAAAAUCCUUUAUCUCCAGAGUACCUUGAUAUAAUUUUCAUUUGAAAACAUAAACUGACAAGAGCUGGGAUAGCUCAGUCAGCAGAGCGCGAGGCUCUUAAUCUCUGGGUUAUGGGUUCAAGCCCCACACUGGGCACAAGAUUCCUGCAUUGCAGGGGGUUGGGCUAGAUGGCCCUCGUGGUCCCUUCCAACCCUACAAUUGUCUGAUUCUAUGCUUCUAUAAACUAUUCCGAAAGUGCAACAUUUUGCAACUUUAUCAAAAAGGGAUAAGGAAGCUUGUUAUUGUUGGCAUCCAUCUGUCUCGAGAGACAAUGGAAGAGUGUACCAUUGAGGGUAAAGUUACACCAUUGGGGAGUUAACACUGCCUGUUGCAGCUGUAGAGACCAAUACAGGAGAAACAUGUUUUAUUGCAGCUGGGGCAGAUGAAGGUGUUUGGUUUCGCUGGUGCAGAUGCACUAUGGCGUUUCUUCUUUCCGUGCUCCUCCCAGCGGUCAUUCCUCCUCUGGUCAUUGAUUUGGAUACACAACCUGUCUGUCUGUCUCCAGGUACUGCAGUUGUUUGCAAGGCAUUCCCACAUGGCAGGGUUAAUAUUGUCAGCCUUCAUGUCACGUUUGCAAACAACUUUAUAACACAGAGUUGGUUUGUCAACAGGCCUGCUGCCAGCUCCCUGUGGAGCACAUCCUUGGGGAUCCUGCCAUCUUCCAUCCUAUGUACAUUACCAAGCCAGUAUAGACGUCACUGAGACAGAACUUGGAAGAGCACGUAUUUGUUUGAGGCUGUGUCCUGCCAUGUGUAGACCUUCAUCUUGGUAUUGGUCAUUAGCAUCACAUUCUCCCAUACCCUUUUGGAGAGGUGCACCAUUGCUGUGGCUGCCUUACCAAUAAGCUUGUCCAGCAUCAGUGGAAAGGUUGCGGGUUAUGGUGGAGCCCAGGUAGACAAAAUCAUCUUAACACCUGAAGGGUGUGAUCACCAGUGCUGAUGCAUGGAGUGCUGGCAAUGUCCUGACCCAAGAGUCCCAGAUGUUUUUCUGAUGAGAAGUAGCUCCAGAAGAAGUCCUAGCCUCUUAAUUUUGAUAAGCUCCCUAAAGAUUUUAUUUCUAUUUUAAAAUAAAUUGGUAAUUUAGAAUAUACCUGUAGUUGUUUGCUCUAGGAAUACUAGCAUAUUAUGCACUGAAAUUUAAGGAAUGAUAACAUUAUUUAAUGGCCACAUGACAUGCAUCUUGAAGGACACUUCAAGGAAUUAUGCUUUGUAUCUGGGUAAUUAAAAAUAUUUAGUUUAAAUUACUACUGUGAAAAGAAUGAUAAGAUAGGCAGCGUUCUUGUACUCCUCUCAUAGGCUUCAGUUGGCCACUGAAAAGAGGACAUUGGACUAGAUCAGCCUUUGGUCUAAUCCAGCAGUGCUCUUCUUACAUUAUUACUUUUUUUACACAACUCUAUUUUCUUUCUGAUCACUAUAAACUGAAACUACGGAAUUUAAGAAUUUGAGGUAACAUGAACAAGGAGGGAGAGAUGGGAGUACUUGGAGGACGGUGUAAAUGUCUGUAAUUCUAAAAACCAAAUAUAGCCUUGUGUAAGCAGAAGCUGUCUUCUUCAGUGUUGGAGGAUGUUUCACAUGGGUAGAUGCAGAUGCUGUUCAUGUGAUCCCAUAUUCUUCUUUACCAGAACCUAGCAGGCCAUCUUUUGGUCCUUGCUGUACAAGUCGGGUCAUAAUCAAGCCUCUUUACUAGAUAACAGCUGUUACCUAAAUUAAUCCUGCACCAGACGUAUUCUCUUACCCACACUAUUAAUUUUCAGUUUGGUUAGAAGCUGGCCAAGUGCAGGGCAAACAACAAAAUUGUUGUGAGUGAUUGUGUUUCACACAGUUGCUAGGCAAAUGUCCUUUGUUAAUUUUGUAGAGGUAGCUUUUCUUCAAACCUCAUGCCACUGGGCAAAGUAGGAGUGAUACAGCUUUCUUCUUCUGUUAAGAUUUUCUCAACGUUUCCUUCUUGGCUUUGUUGCACCUACAUUAAAGUGUAAUACUUUUCUGUCAUUACAAUUUUGUUGUCAGAGCAGUGCAAUCCAGUAAUCAAACUGUAAAACCGAUGUCUUUUUAGAGUGUAAUGAUCAUGUGUUUAAAUUUUUUUUAAUGCACAAUUUUGAUCACACAAGUGACAAAGCUACACAUACUGCACUGGUUUGGAAGUGAGCACAGAGUUCCUUGGCUUCAUUCCUCAUUAAUCUUACAUGGAUCUUAAAUGACUUAAUUUUUAAUCCUGGCCUUCGGGGGUUAAUUAUGAUGGUUAAAUUGAACAUAGUUUUUUAAAGCUGCCAGUUGUAACUGGACUGUGCAUGUGUGUGAACUAAGCAGAACAAAUGAAACUGGGAUCCUUCAUUUUAAAGUACAUAUUGGCAAAAACAUUUGAUGUCACUACUAUAUAGUAGUAGUAUGUUAUUGAAGGAUUGAUAAUGGAGGUGUACUCAAUGUAGCCUUUUUAAAAUGAAGCCCAGAUGUUUUUAACUUUUCUGACUGGCAAUAAAAUCCCUGUCUUUACUAUGUGGGUUGUGAACACAGCUGUUGACCAAAAGAUGAUGAAUGAUAAUACAGUCUGUGUUUUAUUUUUUUAAGGUGAUGAUAGUUGUGAGCACCUUCUCUCUAGUGGAAGAUUUCUUGGGGAGAAAGUAUGGCAGCCUCACGGCUGUAUGAUGCACAAAUAUAAGCAGAGGUAAGGUAUUCUACUUUUAAAUUUUCCCUUAAAGAAGAAAAUAUCGUAAGUCUGCACUUAAAUGUAAAGUCUUAGUUUCUGGGAUUAUUACAUUUUUAGACCUACACUGUGAGUAUCAUAUGGCACAUAAUGUGUUUGUGCUGCUCAUGUGAGUUUCCCCUAUCCCUAUCAGUGGUUUCACUUUAUUAGCAGAAAUGAAACAAAUAGUAAUGAUUGUUAGUCUGUAUCUUGCUUACUAUGAAGAAAUUUCUCACAUAACCAUUUCAGUUUGCCUACAAUUGCAAACUGCUGCUUAAAGCAGCCAUUUAGGCAAAUCCCACCCACCUCAUUCUCUAGUUCAGCCUUCUGAGCCCAGUGCCCUCCAAAGAUCUUGAACUACAUCUCCCAUCAGCUGCAGCCAGCAUGGCCAUGCAAGCUGGAGCUGUUGGAAACUGUAGUCCAAAAUAUCCAGAGGGCACCAGAUUGAGGAAGAAUGCAUCUAAUAAUGCCUCCAUCAGCCCUGGUGCACAAAGUAUUGCACUAUUAAGGUGCCUGUCAGUGAGCAAGUUUGUGUACCUUGAUUGCUUUAAGGCUAUAAAAGAAAAUGUGAAGGAAAUAAAACCUCUAUUCCCCCACCUCUACCAGAGUUGAUCUCAAACUGUUUUAGUAGCAGCUAGAUAUUAUGUAAAGAGGAGUUCUCACAUUAUCUAAAGCCUUUUGCAGUCACCCCAGGGAAUGAAUAUACCAGAGAGAAGGGUGCAUCAGUGGGUCCUGCCCUCUUCAGAGCAACCUUACUUUUUGAAUUUGAUUUCUUAAAAAAUGUGCUUACUUGAGAGCAUAAGAUGAGUAUGUUGGAUCGGGCUAAUGGCCCAUCUAGUCCAGCAUCCUAUUCUCGCAGUGGCUGACCAGAUGCCUGUGGGAAGCCUGCAAGCUGGACAUAAGCGCAGCAGCACUCUGCCCACCUGCAGUUCCCAGUAACUGGUUGAGUUGGAGGCCCAGCACAGUCUUACAGUGUUGCAAUUCUCUUUUCUUAGUUAAUAGAAUGUAAAAAUGGCAGGACAGUAUAACAUAACAAUUUAUAUAACAAUAUUUGUAGUGUUUUAUAAGAAAAAGGAAAAUUUGUUCCCACAAAUUUGAAUUAUCAAGGAUAUGGGAUAUAAGUUGGUGCUCAGAAUAUUCUACAGUGCAGUUUUGUGGGGGUGAAUUACUUUUGCUCUGUCAUACUUGAAAAAAAUCAAUAUUAAUGUUUGUUUUUACAGUGAAGCAAAAACCUGCCUCGUAGACAAACAUAUUGCAUUUAUAGGUGAUUCUAGGAUUCGUCAGCUGUUCUACUCAUUUGUGAAACUCCUGAACCCUCAAAUUAAGGAGGAUGGAGUCAAGGUAUGGUUUUUAUAUUUUACUUUUAUCACAGUUAUUACUAGAAAACUACAGUCAUUGUAAUACCUUAGUUGUAAAGGUAUUUCUGUUGAAAAUGUAUUGAUUCAGUUUAGACAUCACAUUCCUGGUCCACCAAAUCAGGUUGGGUUGGGUUGGGAAAACACAGUAUGCCCACGUGUUCCUCCACCACUUUCUCCCUCCCCUUACAUGCCUAGCUUUAUUGCAUUUGUACAGUGCCUUCUUCCCAAGGUGGUUUAUGAUUUAAAAUGUUAAUACAAAUAAAUAUUGCAAAAUAUUUUUAGGCUGCCUACAGGAGCUGGUGGCAGUAGCUCCUUGACCUAGGCUUUUCUUGUUUUCUACUCUGCCUUCCCUCGAGGCAGGCCUUCGUACACAGGGCUUAAGCCCAGGGAAAGUGGGGGUUAGGUUGCCCCAGCAGUUCUCUCAGGACAUUGAUAGUCUCUUCAGGAGCAGGUGGUCAUACAUAGGAUGUCAGUACCAGGAAAUUCAGGUUUGAGCACUGGGUACACACCAGGAUUGUAAAUUACACUUUGUUUCUGGAUUCCAGUUCUGAUUUGUGAAGAGUGUUCAAGCCAGUUUCUCAAUAUGGGCAUCCUGUCUUGUUGUGCUGAAAUUUACCACAAAGUCUUGUAUCAAGCUGGAUGAAUGAGGGGAGUCUGAAUGGGAGGAGGCAGCAGAUGGUGGAGGCACCCUAGUUUUCAGAUCAGGAAUGUGAGGUCUGAACCAGGCUAAUGAAUGUGGGAACUUCAGAAAGAGAGCUAAUCAAGCAGUUUCAGAGAAAAGAACCAAUUGCUGAAAAGACAGGUGGUUAAUAGUGGAAACCUGAAGAAUGCGGUUGGGAACUUUGUAUUUAGAAGUUGGUGGCAUGAAUACAUUUCAACCAUUGGCUUCACUGUGCCUUAACCAUGUGCAAGUUUGAUGCCUAUUUUACUUAGCUGUAGCCUGCGGCAUCCUAAAGUGGCACUGUUCUUUGGGUACAGUCAAACUGCAGGUGAACCCAGAAGUAGAGAGGGAAAGAAGGAGGGAGGAUUGAGCUUUUGGUCAGUGCUACACUUCAGAUAUAGAUAAAGAUAAAGAUAAAGGAGGAGGACUAUCUUAGAAGAAUGAAGUCAGGAACCCAAGGAGAGAGAGAGAGGAGGCAGUCUGAGAUAUCAUUUUAGUCUGAACUCCAGGCAAAGAGAAAGUCUUCAUGGUGUGCUCCAGGGCUGUUAGUAGAGGGCGACUUGGAAAGAUUGGGGGUGGGGGGUGGGGUGGGACCUAGUCUCACUAAGGACUAGCCCUUGAAAAUAAGAGCAUGUCAGUGUUUGCAGCUAUUUUACCUAAAGGGCACUGUACUAACUGGAGAAUAAUUGAAGUGUGCCUGAAAAGCCCCCCCAUUAUAUGUUUGGCUUUGUGUGUUUAUUUUCCUCCCUUUAAAUAGCAGUUGCAGAGCUUGUAAUCAGGUUUUGGACCAUUAGAAAUAUAGGCCUACGCUGGAGUCCUGGAUGAAAAUCUCUUGUCUUCCGCUGGUCCUCAAAGCUGCUGUUCUUAUCAAGAGGGAAGCUGCCAAUGGCACCCUUUUUCCUGAUGCAACCUUGAAGCAGGGUGGGGGUGAGGGACUGUGGUGAGAGGAUAGGAUUAAGAACUUCUCUUGCUGCAUCAUAGUCCCAAACCUGUUUCCUGCUCCCUCUCUCCCUUAUCUCCUCCUUCUUUUCAGGCAACUGCUAUUUAUAGUUAAAAAGCAAAACAAACCAGGCAACAUCAAAUUAAGAAUUUAGCAUAACAUGAAUACAGUCAUGGAUUUCUGGAAACUGGCGUAAUUUUUGAAUGUUUCUUACUUUGACAGCAUGGAAACAUUCCUUUUGAAGACAAAUCAUCUUCACUUAAAGUGGUAAGCAUACCCAGUUGCUUCUAAACUAGAAUGAAGAAAAGAAGUUGGCAUGUGUAUUUAUUUUAUUUAUAAUAUUUAUAUACCACCCUUUCACAAAACACCAGGGUGAAGUAUAGCAACAUAAAAAACCUUUAGAAAUAAAUAUUUACUAAAGUAGUACUGUCAUAUUUUAUUAUAAAAUUUAUAUGCCACCUUUCCUCCUAAAGGAGCCCAAGGCAGCAAACAAGUGAUAAAACAAAACCAAAAAAAUUUCAAUGCAUAUGCAGACUUAGAAAUAUCUCCACUUGAAAGGCUUGUUGAAGGAGCCGUCAGUAGGUGCCAAAACGGCAACAGAGAUGGAUCCUGUCUGAUACUAAUUGGGAAAUAAUUAAGAUGGUAGGUACCAAAACACUAAAAGCAAUUCCUACAUUGUGCAGAACAGACCUCCUGACAAGAUGGUGUUUGCAAGAGGCCCUCCUUUGGACAGUGGAAUCAUAGAUUUGAAAGGGACCUCAGGGUCUUUGUCCCAUGCUGUUUUGAGCUUUAUAUGCCAAAACAUGAACUAACCCUGUACCUAAUUGGCAGCCAAUGCAAUUCUUUCAACACUGGGGUAAUCUAUAAGUGAUAUCCUACCUCAGUAGUUGAGCUACCACAGUUUGCACUGGCUGCAACACACACAACCACAGGAAGAUUUUGCUUUGGGCUGGUUUUCCUUGGCUGUCUUGCCGUAGGUUUUAGGAGGAUUGUGAGGACAAAUACUUGAAUAUCUGAAGGAAUUAAGUGCUACAGAAUAUAACAAAAAUCAUUUCAAAAAUACUCCUCCCACUGAAAACAAUCCAGUUUCCUCUUUGAGCAGUUAGUCAAGUCUCCUUCUCACUAUGUCCUCUUAAGUAACAGCAGCAAUGUUUUCUACAAAAAGUGCAUAAAUUAUUAAAAGAAGAUGUGUGUAUACAUGUGUCCAAAAAACCUGAUUGGCCCAGGACCGCAAGUUUUCCAAACAUGAGCGCAGGAUCUUAGUGUACAUGCAUAUUUUUACUUACAGGUGUUAUACAUUUGCGGUAGAAAUUGCAGAUGGAACGCUGCUGAUUCUGUCAAUAGUUGUGACAUUUAGUGCUGACCUUACCUGACUGUUUCAGGAGAGUAAACCACUUGCUAAUAAACUCAUCCAUUUCCUCUCAGGAAUUUCUGUGGUAUCCGGAAGUUAAUGGCUCUAUGAAGCAGCUUAUCAAAUCUUGGACUGAAGUGAGUUGUAAUAUUGAACUUCCUUUAUGACAGUGGUUUUCAAUUAGUGUGCCGUGGCACCCUGGGAUGCCUUGAAUGAUGCUCAGGGGUGCUGCGGGCAUCCCUGACCUCUGUCCCUCUUUCCUUCCCUCCCUCCUCUGAUGCCUUUGCCUCCCCAAGGCUUAUGUGGCUGUUUGUUGCAGCAGCCCUGGCUACAAGCUCCCCAGGUGAAUGAAUACUCUGGAGCUGGCCAGGGGUGCUGAUUGCCAGGAGCUGAGGCAGCCUCAGAGUAAGCAAGCAAGUGGGUGAGGGAGCCCAGCCAGCCAGUCCACUAUCACUUGCUGCUGGGAAUGAACAAGCAAGUCCCAGGCUCCUAUGGGGCACUGUGAGGAAGUACCUCUCUUUGGGAUGUGGGGGGGGGCUGGUCAGAGAUUAGGGGAAGCAGCAGCAGCUGCUGCCCGGAGGACUCCCAAGGAGAAGGAAGAGGAGGCUGAGGGAAAACUCCACAAGGGAGGCUGUUCGAAAAGGGAUGAGAGCCUGCCAGCUCUGCAGGCAAGGGGUGACAUAACUGGGCUCCUGAGCCCCACAGGGGUGCCACAGAAAGAAUGUAGUUUGUCAAGGGAGCUGUGGACUCAAAAUGGUUGAAAACCUCUGCUUUAUGGCAAUAUAUUUCAACAAUCCCAGGGGUGGGGUGGGGGUACAUUAGGCAGUUCUGGUCCUGAAAUUAAUUUCAAUAUAGUAUAAAUUAAAUUGCUAGUUAUCCCUCAGUUUUUUUCAAUAUUCACUGGCACUCUGAAGUGUAUCUUUAUUUAUUUAAAAUGCCCAUUAUUCUUUCAAAGAGCCAACUCAGGCAGUGAUGGCUUCCAGGAAUAGGGCUAGUGAAAAAUAAGAAGGAGGUCAAAACAAAAACAAAAAACGGUUUGUUUUUUAACCUGAAAGUGGGGAGGACAGCAUGCAUGUAGCAUUUCUGUUUACAGGAAAGAAUUGAUUGGCUCACUUUGCAAAGGGGUUUAUAAUCUGCUUUCCUUGGUGAAAAUUGCAGAGGUUUAGGAUGUUGCAUUGUUAAAACAAAACAAUUACAAAGUAAUGUCCUAUUGUACAGUGUAGUUAAGUGGAUAUUUAAUUUAAGUGACAUUCUAGAUUUUGCUAAGUAGAAAACAGUUCCACAAUUCCCUUCAUCAGCAGUGCUUCUAUAAUGUCAUAACUUAAGGUAAAGGUAAAGGUACCCCUGCCCAUACGGGCCAGUCGUGUCCGACUCUAGGGUUGUGCGCCCAUCUCACUUAAGAGGCCGGGGGCCAGCGCUGUCCGGAGACACUUCCGGGUCACGUGGCCCGCGUGACGAAGCUGCUCUGGCGAGCCAGCACCAGCACAGCACACGGAAACGCCGUUUACCUUCCCGCUAUAAAGCGGUACCUAUUUAUCUACUUGCACUUAAGGGUCCUUUCGAACUGCUAGGUGGGCAGGAGCUGGGACCGAAAGAUGGGAGCUCACCCCGCCGUGGGGAUUCGAACCGCCAACCAUGCGAUCGGCAAGCCCUAGGCACUGAGGUUUUACCCACAGCGCCACCCGCGUCCCUAAUGUCGCUCAUAACUUAAUUGCUUCCAAAUCAACUGCAGCAUAUUUUAUACAUUGAUUAAAGCUUGUGGAGGUUUUUCCUUUUUAAAAUGAGGUUUAAAUGUGGACUAAUGUGAUUAAUUUUUGCAGUACAGUACAUUUGAUUAUUCAUGUCCUUUAUGAAGACACUGAAAAGACUAACCUCCUUUUUACUGUUCCAAAGGGUUCUUCUCCAAAGCCUCACAUAGUUGUAGCAGGAGCUGCUGUGGUAAGCUAUUCAUGUAAUAUGUCACUGUAAUGGCCAAAUGAAAAUUAAAACAGUAGUCUUCUAAUUCAGACCUUUAAAAUCCCAUAUGAUCUUCUUUCUCUGUAUUGUUUUUCAUUAACUAACCUUUCACACUUCUGUCUUGUAACUUACAGCCUAAGCUUCCCUGUGCAUCCCCAUCUCUUUCUCUCACUGUCUUUCUGGUUCUAGAGCAAUAUUACUUACCGUAUUUUUCGCUCUAUAAGACGCACUUUUCCCCUCCUAAAAGGUAAGGGGAAAUGUGUGUGCGUCUUAUGGAGCGAAUGCAGGCUGCGCAGCUAUUGCUGAAGCCAGAAGAACAAGAGGGAUCGGUGCACAGCGAUCCCUCUUGCUCUUCUGGCUUCAGGGAUAGCCACACAAAGCCUCUUGAGCACAGCGGGAGCGCUCCUGCCUCUUCGCUCAAGAGGCUUUGCGUUGCUUUCUUGUUUCUUGUUUUCCUCCUCUAAAAACUGGGUGCGUCUUAUGGCCGGAUGCGUCUUACAGAGCAAAAAAUACGGUACUUUUAUAGACAGAUACUUCUGACACGGAACACCUUCUUUGGUCUUACUGUCUUAUGGAAUAAAAAUUUAUAGGGGGACUGAUGUGUGCUGUGGGUAUCAUUUAAUAUUUGAAACUGCUGAAGGAGCAAUAGAUAAUUUUUGAAAGUUUUAAUAGUAUGUUUUCUCAAUUUUAGAUAGUUGUCUUUUAAAAUUUAAAUUUGCCUCAAAGUCCUUUAGCAACAGCAGUUCGCAAUAUCCUAUGCUUUUUACCCAAGAGUACAGAGUUCAGAAUUUUCUUGUGUUUAUCUACUUCAGCUACCCUGUUUUUGAAACAUCAGCUAAGAUUUGUGAAUGAUAUUGAACCAUUUUGAUUAUAUCGUCCACAAAUAUGUUUGCUAACUGAUUCACUUUUAAUACUCUUUUAGUGGUCUAUCAGUAUUCACAAUGGCAGCAAUGAAGCCCUCACACAGUAUAAAAUCAAUAUCACAUCAGUUGCCCCUCUUCUGGAAAAACUGGCAAAGAGCAGUGAUGUCUACUGGGUCUUACAAGGUAAAAGAAUGACAUAGCUGUUGUGUCUUGUGGUGAAACAAAUUAAUUAGCUAAGCAUUUUUGUAUUUAAUGCUUGCAGUUCCAGUCUGAAUAUCAGUAACUAGACCAGAUUUAUUCUAUGAUGUAUUCCAAGAACAGCUGCUGCUGUUUGUCCCACAUUGUGAAUGGCUUAACUGGUAAAUCCAUUUCUCAGUUUGUGGGAAAACACAUUUCUUAUUAUCUGCACAGAGCAUUGGCCACUUUUGGGAAAAAAUGGUUGGUUAGGCUGCAGCAGGUCAACUGACUGGAAAGACUAGAAGCUAAAAUUUUGAGUGGCAGCCCAGACAGUGGAUUUGCUCAUGAGUAGAUACCUUUUAAUGCCAGUGGAAUAGAUAGGAAUAGGAUGCUUGUUUCAUUAUUAGAUCAGCAAAUUGAGACCAGAUAGCUUGUUUGUCCUCCUUGCAAGAAAUACUGUGUUACUAUCAUGCCCCGGGAUGGAGAACCUUCAUUUCUCUCACCAGCCCAUUUUGGCCAAGCCACAUCCACCUGCCCCACACCUGACAUAAGGUGUGGGGAAGUAAUGGCAGGCCUAGGCCAAAAGGGGCUUUGCAGGCAAUGCCAAUUGACAGUGCCUGCAAAGCCCCUUGCAUAGUGCCUCCCAAAUGCCUGACCACCAGGUUGUUGGGCAUUUUUAAAUCAUGGCACAAACUCUUCUGCAAGACCUGGACUCAGCAUUUCCCAAUCAACAAGCACAAAAUUUCCAAAGCUCCGUGUGCAGCAUUUCCCUACUGCUCACCAAGGGGCUUCAAAUGCCUUUGUUUUUAAAAGGAGCAUUUUUUCUUUCCAAAGGAAGCAGUAUUCAAAGUGCUUCCCUUAGUAACUUAAAUGCAAACUGCUUUCUUUGCAGAAUGAAAAGUGCUCCAAUUUUAGGAGCGUAUUUCCCUCUGCACAGACUUGAAAAGGGCUCCCUCUAAGGGUCUAACUGGAGAGACAUGCGAGGCUUAUUUUAGUGGAUCAUUUUAGCAGGUGAAAAUAGUAUAUCUAGAGCUUGAGUAUUUAUUUAUUUAUUUCAUUGCUUCUUUUUUAAAAAUCCCCAUUUUCUUUUGACAUCAGAUCCAGUUUAUGAAGAUAUGUUGAGUGAAAGCAGGAAAAUGAUCACUAAUGAGAAAAUAGAUGCCUACAAUGAAGCAGCAAUCAGUAUCCUGAACAGCAGCUCAAAAAACUCAAAAGCUAAAGUAAAAAUUUUCAGUGUAUCUAGGCUGAUAGCAGAAGAAACUAUAAGUCAGUCCUCAGAUGGUAUACACCUUUCGGAAGCAAGCAGAGAAAUAGUAAGUAAUCUGCAUUGCAGGGGACUGGCCUAGAUGACUCCUGCUCCCUUCCAGCUCUACAUUCUAUUAUUCUUUAUAGAAAACAGCCUUUAAGAUUUAGAAUGCCAAAAGACUGACAAUUGUAGGAAAUUGUCUUAAUUUUUAUUAGAUUUAUUAGACACUACUUUGUUGCUACUGCAUUUUUAGCAGUUGUAAGUUUUUAAUGGGUUUUUAAUAUUGUAUUGUAAAUUGUCGUAACGCUCCCUGGGACCUUAGGGGAAAGGGUGGGUAAUAAAUUAAAAUAAUAAUGAGACUUCUCUUCAAGUAUUGUUUACAGAAUUAUUUUCAAACUAUUUAAUAAAAAAUAUGUGUAGAUCAUUGUAUACUGCUUUGUAUUAAGGAUGUGAUGCUUAGAGAAAUCAGAAUUGCUGAUUGCCUACAGAGCUGUUGUAUACAUAACUCCUAACCAUAGUUUAGCACUGUUUGUUUCUGUCUUUUCUCCCCUCAUAUGUGACUAGGAGAAGGAAUUGGUUUACUUCUGGUUUCAUAAAGUCCUGGAUAGUGCUUUAAAACAAACUUGGGGGAGUUUCAGAACAACCCUACAUCAACCACGGAUUACAAAGUUGGCCAGAAUUCUAUGAAACUGAAAAUAGCAAAGUUCUCCAACCUCACAGAAGUAUGAGUGUGGAUGUAGUGCUAAUCCAUGGUUUAAUGUUGUAUGUGAACACAAUAGAUAUAUGGAAAGUUUUUUGAAUGCUGAAGGGGGAGUACUAUAUUAAUACUGUUCUAUUUUAUUCUAUUAAGUUCUGUUCUAUUUAAAAACAAAAAUAAAGCAUCUUUAUUUAAAACAGGAAGUAUAAUUUCAGAAUCGGCACACUGCAUUCCUCUGAAAGGAAUUUGGGGGUGGAAGUAGGUCAAACACAGAUUAGAAAAAUAUACGGUGAGCAGUGGAUGCUAGCAGUGUUGUCACCCUGAAUACGAAGGGUCAAAAAAUCCCAAAGGUUUGUGAGGUUGAGGAUGGGAUCUUCCACUUUUGUUUUGUUUUGUUUUAGGUUAAACUAUGGGAGAUCCAAUCAUGGAUCUCCCAACAUCUCAUUUAAUUUGGCCCUUGGAUAAUAGAAAAAGUUUGUCUCUUGAUGCCCAUAGUUUGGACUUGUUCAGUGAAACAAAUUAAAAACAGUAUUUUGUUUUAUUUAUUUUUUAAAAAAGAAAACAACAUCCUGCCAUUCAUGUAGACCAUGUGAGUUGUACGACAUUUUCAAUUCCAUAUCCUAAUUGCUGGAAUUAUGGUUUUUUUCCUGGACAGAAUGCAAUGAUUCUGAUAAACAUCCACUGCAACAAGGUUAUAAAGCCCAUCGAUGGUUCGUGCUGCCAGCCUCAGCCUCCUGUCACUUUGAUACAAAAACUAGCCUUUGGUUUUUUUGCUUCCUCCAUAAUUGGAUAUUUAAUUCUUGUUCUCAUACGUCGUAACAAUCACCAGAAGAAUAAGCCAUGUACAGAUAUGGAGAGUGGAGAAGAGAAGAAACCUGCCACCAACACUCCAGCCAUUUCUACUCUAGAGACAGCCUUGCAGUGUUUAUGCAGACUUGGUUUGAUAAUGGGUUACUUCUACCUGUGCGACAGAGCAAAUCUGUUCAUGAAAGAAAACAAGUUUUACACUCACUCAUCCUUCUUCAUACCAAUCAUCUAUAUCCUAGUGUUAGGGGUGUUUUACACGGAAAAUACUAAAGAGGUAAGCCCGUUUUAUUUUUGUUUUUAUUUAUGAAAGAUCACAGGCUCUUUGUCUGACUGGGAUGUGUCCUUGAACUCUGGCAAUGUUCCUGUCUUUUCUUUUUGUAAAAAGUGUUUUUCUUGAGUUUACAAUUUUAAACAGGUUACAUACAAUAACAAUGAAGGCAAUGCAAAAAAGGGGUUAAUGCUUCUUGUUUGCCUGGAUGGCAGACAGUGAGAGGUGCAUGUAGAAACUAGUCUACUGUACAAAGGUAACAUUUUCCUUCAGUUGUCUGCCCGCUUCUGGCCUGUCCAGCGCUGGCAUGCGGCUCUUGGAAGAUUGCCCAAAAAGAAAUGUGGUCCUCGGGCAGAAGAAGGAUCCCCAACCCUGUUGUAGAUAGAUUCAAAUAAAACUGUCACUUCCAGAAAAACGCCGUGCAUAAACAACAGAUGAGCAGUUGUGGAUGUUUUGACAACAUUUACUCAGUCCAUGACCCUGAGCCAGAAUGCCAAAUGUAAAUUCAGCAAGGCUUCUCUUUGGGACCUCUGUCCCUUGACUUUCAAAACCGUCUAUCAGGCAGAGUACAAUGUUAGAUGGGGAGCCAAAGCACUCAGCCGUUGUCGUACUGUUUACACAGAGUUCUGUAUCAGUCAUGUGGAUUGUAGCCCACUCUUAGUGGUGCAAAAUACAUAAAACAUAAUUGGAGAAUAACAGUUAUUGCACUUCCCUUUAUAUAGUAGUUUUAGACACAUCCACCCCAUUAUAGUGUUUCCUUGUUUUGUAGUGCUCUGCUUGCACUUGUUGGAACAGCAAUUCUCUGUUUUUAUUUUGCACAGACUAAGGUGUUAAAUAGGGAACAAACAGAUGAAUGGAAAGGCUGGAUGCAGCUUGUCAUCUUGAUCUAUCAUAUCUCUGGAGCAAGCACUGUAAGUUUGUUUUGCAGUUUUAACAAUUUUUGCAUGAGGAAUAGUCUUGCGUGAUUUACUACUGAAGCAAAAGUUGAAUAGUUAAAUGAUGUCUUUCUUCUCUGUUUUAAUUCCAUAUUGGGGUGAUUAAGGUCUGUUUUGAAAGAUGUACUUUUCAAAAAAAAAGUGACAAUUUAAUUUCCUCGUUUCACCUGUGGUGCAAAGUGCUGUACUGUGCAUGAAAGUGUUUUAAUUGGUGAGGAUGCCACUGAUAUAUGAUGCCGUCUUUAGUAGGCUUACUAAAUUUUAACCCAGCAGUUCUGAAAAUAGACCUUGGGCAUGGUACCCAUCUUCAGGCAGGUGGAUAUUUCCUCUCAGAACUAUCCACAAUGGAUUUGAAUUAUCCUAGCAGAAGAACCUUAUUGGUUUGUGUGUGUGGAGGGGUGACUUCACCCCCUCCCUAUUGUCUGAUCAUCCCAACCUGAUCUGGAAAUGGUAGCUGUUUUGUUUUAAUGAUGCUUCUGGAUGAUUUUAGGAAAGUCAGAUGUCCUAUUCUGUUCUAAUUUCACUUUUGGAUUAUUGCUCCAACCCUAGCAGAGAUGGCUAGCCCAUGGGCCACAUGAAACCCCCCUGAAACCCCACCACCACCAAAUUAUUUCUUACUGCUCCUAUUGGUCCCCCACUGUAAUACUAUGAUGGCAGAAGGCUUUCCAUGGCUGCUAAGACCCCACAAAAUGUCUACAUUAAAAUAAUAAUAAUAAAUUCACUAAUUACCACUGUAGGUCAUCUGCUGUGAUUUGGAUAUGCCAAAAGAUUUUUGUGACUUCCAGCCCCUUUCCCACCAUGUCUACUUUUCAUUUUCACCCACUUUUACUCAGGACACGUCUAGCUUUGACAUGUGAUCCUCACCACCACCAAAGGUUGACCAUGGAUCAUUGUGACCCUCAGCUCCCAAAAGGUUAAUCACCGCGGCCUUGAAUUCAGUGCCAUCCUGUACACAAGCAUCUUUGCAUAGUGAGGCCUGCCUGUUCAGCUGUGGAACAGAUAGUUGAGGAAGUCCAGAAUGUGGAAUAAGUUUAGAAGGUGAUGAGACAUAGUGAGCUUUAAAGUUCUGUAAACGAGAUUAUAUUCAAAAGCAGAAUAAAGUGAGGGGGGAAACUUACUCAUUUUGCACACUUUAAUGUGGGAUUUAAUCAUUGAAAGUUACCUAACUUUAAAAAAAUAAAAUUUAUGUUUUUAUUAAUAGUUUCUGCCAGUGUACAUGCACAUCCGUGUAUUGGUUGCUGCAUAUCUAUUCCAAACGGGCUAUGGGCAUUUCUCAUACUUCUGGAUUAAAGGAGAUUUUGGCAUUUAUAGAGUGUGUCAGGUAAGAAGUGAAUUAAGCUUUUAUGUGUAUAAAAAUAAUUCUGAGUGACCGCUACAAAUGUAACCCAGUACUUUGCCCACUGCCACUGCCACUUCCUAGUGUUGGAUCGUUCCCUAUUCAGUAGGAGGCCAGACUUCAAAAAAGUCAUUGAGGCUGACAAAAGCUCACCGCUUCCUCUCUGGAUCCCAAUUGCCUUAGCUCAGGGUUUCCCAAACAUGUGUCUCCAGCUGUUUUUGGACUACAGUUUCCAUAAUCCCUGAUCACUGGCCCUUCUAGCUAGGAAUGAUGGGAGUUGUAGUCCAAAAACAGCUGGAGAUCCAAGUUUCGGAAACCCUGCCUUAGCUGAAGCCUAAAUCUCCCGAAGUCUGCCACCAGAGUAUGAUUUUGUUUUCUUUCAGCACUAAUUGCCUAAGAUUCCCCCUCCUUAGCAACUGGAGCCCUCUUUGCAUUUAGAAAUUGGGUGUGAGGGUUAGCCCAGGAGAGGGCCUUCUCUGUGGUAGCCCCUAAACUGUAAAACUCCCUCCCCAGAGAGGUACAUCUGGCACCUUCAUUAUAUAGCUUCCAGAGAACUCUGAAUGUGUACCUUUUUAUCCUGGCUUUUGACAUUUGAAGUGUAUGUUUUUAGGACCCACCUUUUUUGGAAUUGUAGGUUGUUUUAAACUGUCUUUAAUACUAUGUUUUAAUGUUGUGACCCGCCCUGGGACUUUAGGAUGAAGGGCAGAUAAUUAAAAAAUAAUAAUCUGUAACCAAGGCUUCUGUCACACUUAAAGCACCAUACAUUGUAACUUUUGCAGAGGUCUGAGGCCUAAUGCCUCAUGUAACCUGAGAUAUAUAACCUUGCAACCAAACUUAUAGCCAUCCACAACUCUAAAUAGCUAUCCUUUAAUAUUAAAUAAGAAGAAGAAAUGGUUACUUCACAGUUGAUACCCAGUAACAAUAGUUAUAUAGGCAAGAAUUUAUUUUGUGUUGUGUUAGUUUUUUAAUUUCACGCUGUUCUGUGCAUACAGAGCAGCUGGAUAGAGCAAGUCUGUAGAAGGCUGGCUUCUCUUAAACUGUUUUCAUUUUAUGUUUUGAAAAGCCUGAUCAGCAAAAUUGUUACGUAAGCUUACUGUAAUAAAAAUAAUUCAAGAUAUGAAUGCUUUGUGGUACUCUGUCACUUGAGAUGCAAAUGUUACCUUGUUGAAGUUGUUUGCACUAAAAUAUACAUGAAAAAUCACUUGCCAUUCCUUACAUUUAAUAAAGAAAUACUUCCCCUUUUCUCCAAUAUUUAACAGGUUUUAUUUCGACUGAAUUUCUUGGUUGUGGUGUUGUGCAUAGUGAUGGAUCGGUCUUACCAGUUCUAUUACUUUGUUCCUCUAGUCACUGUCUGGUUUAUGAUCAUAUAUGUUACAUUAGCUCUAUGGCCUCAAAUAGUCCAGAAGAAGGCCAAUGGUAAAUAUGAUUCUCUUUUGUAUUAAAAUAACUUAAGCACUUUAUUUUGCUUUCAGUUAUAUUCAGCUUUAAAGAGCAUUGUGAUUUUUUUAAUACAUGGCAUUCUCAAUAGUAAAAUCAAACUACACUCUUGUAAAGCAAAAAUAUUCUAUCUGCCUUAGUUGCUGACCCAAAUAACAUAACAGAAGAUAGUCACAGAUUAUCAUUGUUAAUGUGGCCAUUUGUGGGAAGGGAGGGUUGAAGAUGGGGGAAUGGUCAGGGAAAGGAGGCAGGCCUAGCCUAUUUACUUUCAUUAAAGGGUGAGCCCAGCCUAGGUAAUUAUUAUUAUCUUGGGAUCCCAAUAUUUAACCUAUUACUUGUGUUUGGUUAACAGAAAACAGUAAAACAAUUUAAGAGAAAAUAGUAUAACUAUUUAGAAAAUUAACUUGCACUUUUAAAACAAUCAAAAGAUGGAUAUAAAAUAUAUGUGUUUGGACACACCAUUAUAUAGUUUGUAGUAGGCUCCUGAAUACCUCAGUUUUUAGGUUUUUUUUAUUGUAUGCUUGGUUCACCUCUUGGCCUGCGAGCUUAAUGCUGAAUGAUGGCCUGCAAAGAGCCAUAAUUCAAGGUAAUAUGUGGCCUACCUUCUUAUUGAGUAGAGAGAAUUCUCCGCCGGAAGGGUCCAUGGAGGGAAAUAACACUACCUUUCACAUACUUUUCUCAGCCAUAGUUUCCCUGAUCUGGUGCUUCUCUUUUCUCUUCCUAACUCAAAAGGGCUUGUUCAGGGUUCACUUAGUGAAAAUGUCACCACCUUGACACCAUAUAGCCAAUCAGAGUUGGCUGUGUAAUGUCACUGGGGGCAAAUGAAACCCUCGUCCUGGCUGUGGGGAGGGCUGUGAAGCUGCCCCUGCUGCCAUGACUAUCUGGUUAGUGCCGCACUGGCUGUUUCAUUGCCCUCCAGUGCUGCCCAGUCAGACAUUUGCUGCAGUCUGCUUUAACAAUACAUGACUAGCUGGGGUGGAAUGUGGGUUAGGAAGGGCAUCCUAUUGAAGUAAUGUACUGUGGGUGGGUGUCAUGUUUCCGUAUUGCAGCACUUUCAGAAGAAUUUCUAUCUGAAUGUUCAUUCCCACCUACACACAGCUGUCCCUCUUGGGUAUAAUGUAAAAGCAGCAACAGUAAAAAAAAAUGCAAUAAAAAAAGCUUACUGCCUAACAUUAGUCUUGUUUUUGCUCUUGUCCACAGGCAGUUGCUUCUGGCAUUUUGGUUUACUGCUGAAACUAGUUUCCCUGUUCAUCUGUAUAUAUUUUCUAGCAUAUUCUCAGGUUUGUAUGAUUUGUAUAUUUUGGUACAAGUUAAAUAUUUGGAUUCUAAGGCAUGUUAGAAAGCAAACAUUUAAGCUGUGUUCAAAAGCAAAGCACUUGCAGCUAUGGGACAGUCAUGGCAACCAGCCUGUUGCUUCCGUAAGGAACAGGUUGUGGUAUCUGAGAGCGGAGGACAUGCUUUUAGCUCUUUUGUAAAUCCAUUAAGUGUUUCCACAGAAAUUGGUGUUGGAAUGCUUGGGUUCAUUCAGAGGUCUGAGGGUGGAGCAUCUGCUUUCACAAAGCACAUCAGCCUGUGCUUGCAUCCAAAACUGGUUGUUUUGUUUUGAGGAGAGAGUAUUUCCCCCCCUUUGCUUAAACCUUGGUAGACUUGGCUGCUAAACCCCAGGUCCCAACAUUUUUCUAGUGGGGUGGAGGAGAGGCAUAUCAAAAAUGUUUGGGCAUUAAAUGUUUGGGCAUUUCUAUCAUUAAGAAAAGGAGCAGUUAGAACAACAAGAUUCUUUCUGCUGCAUUUUGUUGAUAUUAAAAUACAGUGGUACCUCGCAAGACAAAUGCCUCGCAAGACAAAAAACGCGCAAGACGAAAGAGUUUUCCAUUUUUUGAGUCGUUCCGCAAGACGAAUUUCCCUAUGGGCUUGCUUCGCAAGACGAAACGUCUUGCGAGUUUGUUUCCUUUUUCUUAAAGCCGCUAAGCCGCUAAUAGCCGUGCUUCGCAAGACGAAAAAACCACAAGACGAAGAGACUCGCGGAACGGAUUAAUUUCGUCUUGCGAGGCACCACUGUAUGAAUAUAUUAUAAAUGAAAACCAGAUCAUGUUUGCUUUCUGAUAUUUGACCAUAAAAAUAAUUGAAAACAUCUAGCUGCAGAAUGAUUGGAUUUAAUAUUCAGGAGAACUGUAUUCCUGUCUCUGUCUAGUGAACCACUCUGAAGCUUUUAGAAUAGGAAAUUCUGCAGCCCAGAUGAGCAGCAGCCUGAUAAAAGACAUUUGAAUAGCACCUGUCAGCUGGUUUGAAGUCUCUGUUAUUAAUCUCCCAACCCCACUCUCCUGAUUGAUGGGAUUCCAGCUUUGCUUACCAGGCUGUGCUCAGGCUGAGGAACUGCAUGAGAAGCAUGUGCUUCCACAUUCAGCUGUGCAUUUAAAAAAACCUCGUAGCUGAAUGGGAGAAUAUAUUUUGUAUAUGGAAUGCUUUCGUUUUGCCAAUGCUGCCUGCUCUUCAGGGCUAAAAUGCAACUCAGCUGUGACUUCAGCAUAAGGUUUAUGGCGUAUGUGGCCUUAUUCUGAGCAUUUGAAUGGCACUUGACUAAGAGAGAAUACUGUUCACAACCAUCUCUACAAAGCACUUGCAACUCUUCAAUUCCUAGUUCCUUUGGAAAGAAUUAUUCACGCCCUCACAAUUAGGCAUGGAUUUCAAAACAUCUGUGUGUGUGUGUGUGUGUGUGUGUGUGUGUGUGUGUGUGUGUGUGUAAGAGUUUAAAUGUAUUUUCUUUUCAGAAACUUAAAGGACGUGUUUGUUUGUUUGUUUGUUUGUUUCCAUUUGAAGACUUGCAGGGAAUCCAGCUGUUUUUAUUAUUUUUUUAAUAGGAGAGUUAAAAGCUUUACUUUGAUGAAAGCUGAUUAAAACAGAUGUUUAAUUAAGAAAAGUUUAUUAAGUUUAUUAAACAUUGCAGAAUCCUUUACUGUUUUUAUUCAGGGAACAUGGAUGCAUCCUUUUUGUUUCUUUUUAAAAUAAGGAUAUUCUUCAGCAAUUUUACUGUCACAAAAAAUGAAAAGAAAAUGUUGGUUGUGAGUGUCUCUUCAGCAGCAAAAUAUUAAAUUAAAUUAUACAUCUGGCCAACUUUCAGCUCUCCUGGAGGAAUUGCUUGAUAGGUUCCUGACUGUCCUCUUUCUUGCCUAUUAGUAGUGUUUCCCUCAUUUUUGUUGUUUUCUCAGCCUGAAGACAGAAAGCAUUUAAUAAGUAAUCCACACUAAUGGAUAUCAUGAAUAUAUGUCUGAUUACAGCCAAGAAACAGAAUGUUUCUUUUUCCAAAUUGUUGAGUGUAGAUAGUGUCUGCAAUUAUACAUUACAUCAUUGCAAGCUGUGGCUCUGAUCCAUAGAUCCUUGUACACAACGCCAGAAUGCACAAGGCAGUCUCUUUCUUUGCCAGUCUUGAGAUGCAGAACAUUAUAAUGUGAAAGAAUGGGUAUUUUCACAUGCCUGGAUAGGGGGACAAAUCCUAAUAGGCUGUCUGUGAUUUUAGGAUGCUGGACUUAAAUGUACUGUGAAAUGAUCAAGUAUUUUAUUCUAAUCUUAUGAAGGUCCCUGAGCAUCUCCAUUUACCUGCUGUUAGAAAUGGAAUGUUUGUGUUAUAUGGCCCAUUGAUGUGACUGAACUGUUAUAUUCUUUUCAUGUCUGUUUAUUACAGGGUGCAUUUGAGAAGAUUUUUUCUAUUUGGCCAUUGUCCAAGGGCUUUGAACUAAAUGGGAGCAUCUAUGAAUGGUGGUUUAGGUGGAAAUUAGAUAGAUACGUAAGUACAGUUUAUUUUUAUUUUUUAAUGUUGUUUUUGUGCUUUGCCUUUGUCAAUUAUGGCUGCCAGUCUUAGGCGAGUGAAAGCAAAUUAUGAUCUCACUCUUCAAAUCAUAGAAUUGUAGAGUUGGAAUGGAACCGAGGGUCAUCUAGUCCAACCCCCUGCAAUGCAGGAAUUUGAAAUAAUUGAAAAAUGAAAUUAAAGAAGAAAAAAGUUUAGUAAAGUGCUCUGGUUAUUUUACUAGCUGGCCCUAUUUGUGAAAAUGUAUGCAGCAAACCUCAGGGAACACAAAUUAGUGGCUGUAAGCCAGUGGUAGGAGACCUGUGGCCUCCAGAUGUUGCCAGACUACAGCUCCCACAAACCCUGAUUGUUGUCCAUGCUGACUGAGGCUGAUAGCAGUUGGAAUCAGAUAAUCUCAGGAGGCUCUAUACAGGUUCCCCAGAGCUGCUGUAAAUCCUUGGUCUGUAGUUUUGUAUACAGUGGUACCUUGGGUUAAGAACUUAAUUCGUUCUGGAGGUCUGUUCUUAACCUGAAACUGUUCUUAACCUGAAGCACAACUUUAGCUAAUGGGGCCUGCCGCCGCUCGAUUUCUGUUCUCAUCCUGAAGCAAAGUUCUUAACCCGAGGUACUAUUUCUGGGUUAGAGGAGUCUGUAACCUGAAGCAUCUGUAACCCGAGAUACCACUGUAUUAUACAGUUGCUCAGUAAUACAUGAUUAGACUGAGCACAUUGGGCACUUUUGCCUGACCCAGAGAGACUAACUCCAUCCCGUUGCGCCUUAAGAGACUGGCAUUGGUUCUUUAAAUUCAGGCAUUGUUGGUGAAUGUGCCCAUUACGUGUGGGUACCUGAACUGAACUGUCUUCUUAGCUGCGCCUUUGCUAAAUCCUUCAACUGAGCAGUUCUUCCUUUCUCUUGCAGGUCGUUUUUCAUGGGAUGUUGUUUGCUUUUAUUUAUCUAACAUUUCAAAAACAGCAAGUCCUCUCAGAAGGAAAGGGGGAGCCACUCUUUCCAAGCAAAGUUUCUAAUGUUUUAUUAUUUAUUUCAGUUGUUUCUUUUUUGGUAAGUUUCUGAGAUACCUUACUCAGCUAUUGUCUUUCUUAAUUCCUGAAUAGUUACUCAGAGUGGGGACAGUCUUCAUGAAAAUUAGUAGCAAGCCUUAGGCAUGCCAUAAGAAGCCAAGGUUAUUGGUCUGCUGACAUUGUUUUUAAGAGUUUUGCCCAACUACACUGAAUAAAGUAGAUAACUUCGGGGGGGGGGCAUCGGGUAUUUCAACACAGAAGAAAACCAUCUCUAAGGCUCCAAAUCUGUGCAGGUUUAUUCAUGAUUAAACACCAUUUUAUUUGGCUUACUUCCUGGUAUGCUUGCAUAGGAUUGCAGUCCAAGUGUAAUUUGUAGGGCCAACACUGCUGUUCCACUGAAUAAACUAAUUCAUUUCUAGCACUGCAAAAUAAUUGUGUUCUUUGAUGUAUCCUCCAUAUAUGUAGUUUUAAUUCUAUCAGUGUUUAAUUGUUUUUAACUAUUCCCCCCUAUGUUUUUAGCUAUUCUUAUUUUUAUCUGUAAGCCACCUUGAGUCUAGUCAGGGGAAAAUAAAUAAAUAAAUGUAUAAUAGUAUAUAUGUUUAUAUUUUAGACGUACUCUAUAUGGGCCAGCAGUUGUAAAAAUAAAACUGAGUGCAAUGAAAUGCAUCCUUCGGUUUCAGUUGUGCAGGUAAUUGUGUUCCCUUUGUUGCUUGUAAUUGCAGUCUUUGAUUAUAAACACUCACCCAGGAUGUAAAGUGCUAAGGCUUACAAAACUACUGAGAAAUCUGGCCUUCACAAGUAAUGGCGGAGCAGAGUCAAACAAUGUGCAGGAAUCUAAGGUGUUUUGUGCACCUUAGAUUGCUGCACAUAGGUCAAUUGUCUGGGGUCGUUCCCUCUUGCCCACCUGUGUGGUUGAUCAUAAACAUGUUCAAACAAAACAAAGUAAGAGCAUUUGAACAUAAUGGCACUACUGUGAUAGUAAUAGGUCUGCAAUUUAUUUAUUUUAGAGCAUUUUAUUCCACUCUUCAACCAAAGAGCAGCAUACAUGCCAUUAAUUAAAAUAAGUCCCUUUUUUUGCAGACUGACAAUCUCAAAAUACAUUAUAAAAUGAUUAGAGUUAGGCUGAAGACUGCAGGUCCCUAUGCACAGGGUUCGGGCAAUAUGGUAGUCAGGUGCCAAAACCCACACAUCUAGCCAUCUCUCUCUUUCGGGAGGCUGGCAUUCCCCUAUCAAGUGACGAGACUGUUUCCUAAUUACAGAAGAGCCUCAGGGACAGAACUUCAUUCCCCCCCCUUCCCCGAAGUGUGUUGCAUCCAGUUACUUAGACUGAAGAAAUCCGGCCUGAAAUUCUUUGUCCCAGAGCUUAGAAUAGGAAACAUUGACAAGAGGACUGGUGUCCACUUGAGCUCCAGCUGAGCUCCCUUCAUUGGCCUUCUCCCACCUUGUGCUCAGUUUCCUAGCCAAGCUAGAAUGUGAUACCGUAGUGCGGAGAUGGGGAGCCUUUGGCCUUCCGGAGAUUGUUUAUUACAUCUCCCAUCAUCCCUGGCCAUUGGCCAUGUCGUCUGGGGCUGAUGGGACACAGUAUUUAUUAGUUUUCUCAUAUACCGUAUUUUUCGCUCUAUAGGACACACCCGACCAUAGGACGCACCUUGUUUUAGUGGGGGAAAACAAGGGAAAAAAAUUCUCCCCCUCUGUGCUCAGCGCCCCUUCAGCAAAGCGGCAGGAGAAACGGAGCCCCUUCCAUUUCUCCUCCUGCUUGGCUUAAGGGGCGCUGCACAGCUCUCCCUCUCUGCUGAAGCCAGGAGAGUCUUGCUCUCCCGGCUUCAGCGAAAGGAACCUGAAGCCUGGAGAGAGAGGGGGGUCAGUGCACACCGAUCCCUCUCGCUCUCCAGGCUUCAGCGAAAGCAACGCAAAGCGCUCCCUCUGCGCUUCGGAGGCUUUUGCGUUGCUAUCGCUGAAGCCAAGGAGCCUGCAUUUGCUCCAUAGGACGCACACACAUUUCCCCUUAAUUUUUGGAGGGGGAAAAGUGUGUCCUAUAGAGCAAAAAAUAUGGUAUACGUCAGGGUGCUCGGUGAGGCCUGGUUCAGAUGUAAGGCUAAAAUAUAGGUUACAAUUGCAUAAACUGGCUUUUUGAGACGGUUUUGCUUCCCAGCUUGUGUUGAUGAGCCAUAGUUUGAACAAAUCACAGUUUGGCUCCAUUGGGAUGCAACAACAAACUGUGGUUAGUUUAAACCAGGAAGUAUUAGAUACACCCUACCGGAGUUUAAUAUCCUCAAACGGUGGAGCCCGGACAAAGUCCGGAAAUGGAUCCUGGAGAGAGACGCUCUGUUAGAUACCACAAAAAUACAGAUCCCAGGGUCCUUCCACUGGCUUCCCCGACUGAAAGCAGUCAAAAUAUGCGCCAACUACUUGGCGAAUAUCACCAAUCCCACUCUUCGGAGAGCCUUUACUAUGGCCCGUUUUCAAACCAUUCCUACGGCCUAUCUGUCAGGCAGAUAUGCAAAAAUCCCAGUAGAGCAGCGGAUAUGUCCUUGUUAUAUGAGAACCAAAGAGGAUCUCAUACAUUACAUGUUGUAUUGUCCCAUCUAUUCGGCCUUCAGGGAUGCGAUGUUACAAACUAUUCCUAAAUCAAUAGUCAACUCUGAGGACCAAGUAAAGUUUUUACUGGUAGACGCUGAUCCACGGAUUUCUCACGUGGUAGCGGUCUUUGUGGUGAAGGCUAUGAAAACUAGGGUAUGGUUCCUGGAUGAAACGGUGAGGUCCCUCCCAUUGCUCUCCUAACCUGUUGCUGUACCUUUUUCCUUGAAUGGUGGGGUUUUUUUGGGUAGUUUGGGUAGUUUCCUUGCUGGGACAACAUGGCAUGAAUUUUAGCUUACUUUUAUAAUAUUUUUGGUUUAUCUUUUAAUAAUGUUUUAUGGUAUUUUGUGUAAAGGCAUGGACCUCACAAAUUUAAUAAAUUUGUUGUUGUUGAUGAAACCAGGAAGUAGCUGCUUCCAGUUUCACAACUUGGCUGGAUGGAGAGCGGGAGGUGCAUAAGUCCAAGCCUCACACAGCCUCAUUCUCAUAUGCUCAGCUACUGCUUAGACUUUUGUUGGGACGAUAGCUGUUUGAUAUCUAAUACAUUUCUUUGCAAAGGCCACACUGGCUGUUUUUCAGUGGAAGCAAUUUUACAAGGCUAGGAUCUUCAUUCCACCCCCCACUCCCCACAUUGCAGAAUUCUGAUUACUACACACAGAACGCAACGUUCUGCACCACACAGUUUGAAAGCCAGUAGGUUUUGCAUUUUAUGAAAUGUAUGAAAUACGUUCAAUCUUAGGUUGUCUGUUCAGAACCAUUGAGUUUAGAAGGAUUUAUUUCCAACUAAGUGAGCAGGAUUACAGCCUAAAACAUCUUUUCACGCAGCUUCUUUUGUCUUUCAGAUUUUAGCUUUUAUCCUUAUCAGGAAUAUACCUGGCUAUGCACGUUCUGUAUAUAGUUCAUUUUUCGCUUGGUUUGGCAGAAUUUCCCUUGAGGCAAGUAGUAUAAUUUUAUUGUAAUUUAAAGGAUCAAACACUUAAGUCUGUUUACAAUAAAACUUUAGUCGAUUUGUUAUCUGGCAUUAUGUACAAUCGAGAAUUGGGUGGCUGUACUAUAGUUGUUACGUGGUAUAGAUAUAGAGGCACAAAAAUGUUCCUCUGAUAUACCGCUUCAUUUUUUAACAAAGCAAUUUUGAAUUUGUCCAGCUAUGGGCAUCUGGAAUUUGGUGCUGUCAAUCUUAAAUCUAUCUCAGCUACCACCUGAAAUGUAACCAACCUAAUACAAAGUGAUGAAAGACCUGCACAGCAACACAGCUGGCUUACAACUCAGAAAGCUUCAGUUCUGUGCAUGGUUUCUGGUUGACACUGAGGCAGAGGACUCUUGUGUCUUUAACAGUUGUGUGUCAAGCAGAAAUUCAACAGGUUAAACGUUUUCUAGUAUGGAUGUAGAAUUAAAGUGGGGGGUGGGGUGAACUUUGCCUGUUGACCUUCUGGGUGGUAGAUAUUAUUACCUGUUUUGGGGCCCUAAUUCAUUUUCAGGUCAUACCUGCCAGAGAGGACACAAAUUUGCCUAGGACACAAAGUAUAUGCAAACUUUGGGGACCUUGUGCCCUCUUUUGCAAGUGCAGCAGAGCGCAUUGUCCACGUACCAGACCCAGGAAAUCCUGUUGGUAUUUCUGCAUAAGACUUUAGCCUGUAUUAAAGUCUUUGUUGCUCUUGUGACACAAACAUGUCAGAUAUCAUACGAUUUAUAGCAUAUUUGCCCAGUGUUCCAAACCAGCUUUGGGCUUAAAGCUUAUUUUCAUGAUAAGUACAAUUCUAACUUCAUUUUUUCUCCCUUUCCAGCUCUUCAUCUGUCAGUACCAUAUCUGGCUGGCAGCAGAUACCAAGGGGAUCUUGGUUCUAAUUCCUGGCAAUCCCAUGCUCAACAUUAUUGUCAGCACUUUUAUAUUUGUGUGUGUGGCGCAUGAAAUUUCCCUGAUCACAAAUGAUCUUGCACAGAUGGUUGUUCCGAAAGAUAAUGCAAUUCUGCUGAAAAGGUUGCUCUGUGUGGGUGGAUUUUUUUCUGGACUUCUCUUUCUAUCGGCAUUUCAAGAACAAUCAAGGCAUUAGCGUUCAAUAAAUCCGAAAAGCUUCACUUCAAGCUUACAUUGUGUUUGCCUGAGCCCAAAACUAAAGAAAUAAAAAUCAACUGGAAUUACACAAACCAACCACAACUUCUCUGUGUCUGGGCAACGAAGGAAAGCUAUCAAAAUGAAGGCAACUGAACAUGGUGGAAAUGUCACCCCUUUGCACGGGGAUAUCCACCCACUAAAGGAAGAAGAAACAGAAACACACUGUAUACUACUGCGUGUGAAAAAAGACAUAUUUUCUACUUGAGCGUUUUUCCAGUUUACAUCUCUCUGGAGAAUUAAAGAAUGGAGUGUGAUUUGCUCAAGAGGCAUUUAGAGACUAUUGCGUCAAUUUUACGUUGAGACAUUAUCAAAUUGUUAAUAAUUACUAGCAUAUCAUAACUGAUGUAUUUGUAUGUUUCAAAGAACUGCUUUUAUUGCAAGAAGUAAAACAGACCCUGAUCAUGGAGCCUUAAAGGCAGUUAAAAUCCUGUCAGUUUACUUAAGGAAGCCAGUUUAUUAUCUGUGGACAGCACAGUGUUAAAUGGGUUAACAGCUAUAGCCUUUUCUUUAAAGAAUUCAGCAUCAAUGUGUGGUCAGGUUUUUCUUACUAUUUUUGGAGUUUCUGAAAGUAAGAGGUUAGUAACUUGUUUCUGAUUAAUGCAGUGGUAGCCAAUUUGACACCCACCCCCCACCAUUUUGUGAGCAGCUCACAUUAUAUGUGACCAUUGGCCAUGCUGCCUGGGGCUGAUAGGGAAUUAUGGUCCGUAACAUUGGCUACCCCUGGAUUACUGGUUUUCUAUGGCUACUACAUAUCUAGGAAAGCCUUCAAGCACUGGAGGAAGAUCACAUUAAUUUAUAAUCUUAUCCAUGUUUACAAAGUGUAUAGCAUAGCAUUUCAAUGAUCCAUUUUCAUUCAUUUCCUUAAGUUUUCAUAAUUAACAUUAAUUUUGAAUGUUUGAGUGGUCUCAUGUUGAUUUUUCUAAAAUCAUUGCUUUUUCAUCACUGUUUUUAGUUUACAUAAUCAGUGCUUUGUAUCUUACAAUACUGGUUUCCAAAGUUCACUGAAAAUGAAAAGUCCCCUGCCCCUCUCCUAUCACAUUUUCCUUUUGUCUCCUGUCAUAGGAUUGUACUCACACCCUGUAAAAAAAAAUGAGGCAGCUAGGAUAUUAUUCAACUGUGCCCCUUCUCCAGCUGCAUAGGAAUUGGAAAUGUUUAUAUCACACACACUUAAGUAUAGAGGUCAGGUACCUAGCUAGGAGUAUUAUGAUCCUGGUGUUUUUGUGUGUGUGUUUUUCAUUUUGGUAGAAAGAGGUUAAUAUCUUGCAUAAGAGUACAUGAGAAGUGUAUUUUACUAGUGACUAUUUUUAAAGGGCUGCAGCCAGACAGUGUGUUAAAAUCAGCAUAGUUUUUCUAUCCUUAAUGGAUAGAUUAAACAAGCUUUACAUUCUAAAAGGUUAGUUUUCUGUUCUGGCCUUUAGGAUUACAUCAUUUCUAAUGUUCUCAAUUUAACCUAGUUAGUCUUAAGCGUGCUGUGCAGAUGUGGAAACUCCAGCAGUUCAGGUUGAAGGAACAGAUUGCAGCAUAAUGGAGCUGAAUUAUUUUUAUCCUUUUGAAUUCAUGAUUCUAGCCAUAUUUUGGGCAGCCUCAAGGUACAUUAAAGUAGUAAUAGGACAAGUACAAAUCCUAGACACCAUCCUAAUAUCUGUAUAUCAUGUAGGGGUUAUGAUUCAAAUUUCAUGCUGAGCUUCCUUUUCAGAAGCUGUCCCUGAAGUAUCUCAAAUUGCUGUUUGAGCUGUGUUAAUUUCAACAGGCAGUUUGGGGAUUCUUGUAGGGAAAUAGUAUCUACCAGUGAUAUCUGCACCCUUUAUAAAGUUCUUGUGCCCAGGCCCCAUUGAUGGGAGUUUUAAAUAGCAUUUUUGGAUUGCUGGAGCAAGGUAACUUUUGCAGAGAGACUUUGACUAAAAGAAAUAUAGGUGCACACCUGGGAGUGGGGUGCUUGAUCCUUUUGAGUCUUGGCCUCAGUGGUUGUCUCUGCUAUGCUUGUAUGCUGCAUACGAUUUUAGGGCUUGAAAGAAUGAAGACAGUAUUGUUUUCGAUGCAUACACACAAUUCUAGGUAAUAAUGAAACAGUAUGGCUUUUCAUUUAUGGGCUGUGUUUCUGAUGUAUACUUUUGACAGGGGCAACUUUGGAAUCCUGUCACAGAAAAUCAAAUUUAAAUAUAAUGGGGGGGGUAGGAUCCCGCUAAAUAAAUGAUGGAUCUCAAAUGAAUUUCAUUUAAUGCUCAAGUUGAACUGAAUUCCUUGCACUGUGAACAAACUACAGUGUGCAAGCUCCAUACACAGUUGCCAGUUUAUUCACAAUCAUGUAAAACUGUUCUUCGCCACUGAUUGUUGCAUUUGAUUUUUUUGUUUUUCACUUGAGUGGCUAAGCCAGUGAAGGGUGGCAAGCCCAUGGGCUGCAUGUACAAUUGACUUGUAACAUUUAAGGCGUGAGAUGACUUUACUUAGGGGUGGGAACUUUGUUAUGUUUAUAAACCAAGUAUUGUAGAUAUUUUAUUUAUCUGUUGUACAGAUUUGGUUAAAGAUUAUUUUUUAGGUUUGAAAUAUUGCACUUGUUUGCUAUUACUGUAUGUGGAUAAAAUAUAUUUUCUUUUAAAGUUAUGUGAAAAAUAUGAAGUAAUUUAAACAUUAAAUAAGUGUGCUGUGGGUGCCUAUUUUUGUACUGGAAGGAGCAUCAAUUAAGCAGAAGUGUGUAUGUGUGGUAUUUUUUUCUAAGGAGUCUAAUACUUGAUUUGAAUUCUGUAUUCUAAUUUGUGAGAAUACUGAAAUAAUGCAAACGUUGGGGUUAUGCAGAAAAUUGCAGGUGAGCUGUUAGGGGACGAUCUUUAAGGAUUGCAGUAACCAAAGGUUUCUGCCAGUAAUUCACUUUUUGCCUGCCAACUUCUGAAUCGCAGUGUAGCUACAGAUUCCAAAAUUCCUUACUCAGCAGACUAUAUUCUGAUAGCACUUGAAUGCUCAUUUUUUCCAGUUAUUACCAUAGGUUGAAAUAAGUAAACCAACCACAUAAGCAUAUAAAGGACUAUUUUAGCAUUAUGUCAAGGUCACAUUGUCUAUUAAUUCAAAGUCUAUUUAGCAUGUUUCUGCCAUGAUUUAAAAUAAAUGUAACUACCU